CGGUCCACAAGCUUUCUUUUUCUAUCUUUCUUGUCUCUCUGUUCGUCUCUUCUUUCACGCCUCUCUUUCUUCCCCCUCGAUUCUGGGUUUUGGUUGAUUUAUUGAAUAUCUAAAGUAGGGAAUUUGACCACGUUUAUUUCUGAUAUGGGUCUUGCAGAUACUGGCAGUCAAAAAAUAGAGAACCAGCAGAAUCUAUCAACCUGAAUAUAAAAGAGACGGAGUUCUUGUAGCAAUAGAAGUGAAAACGAAUUCUAACUGCAGAAAUCAAGUAUCCAACUUGAAAGAACUCCUCCAUUUAUUAACAGCCCUCUAUCCUCUCAUCAAACCCAAUAAUUAUAAGUAGAUCCAUCUUUCCUUCAUCUACUGCUACUACGAUAAGGCCUUUUGCAAUUCUUUCAUCAAAACCCAUCAUCAAUUGUCCAAUGCUCUAGGAGGAUUGACCACAUGGUCAAAGAAAAAAGCUUGAGCAACAUGUUCUGUGGCAUUGAUGAUCAGUCUGGGUUUUGAUUUAGUAAAGUCAAGAUUAUCCUUGAACGUGGAAUCAUGUUUACUUGCGGAGUUAUAACCGGUUUAUGUACUAGAUCCUCUCUAAAUAGUCAUGUUUAAUACGGCAGAAAUCUUGAUUUUUACAAAAGCUCUGUUUCUUACAACGCUUGUUCAAAUCGUUCUUCUCUGGUGUUGCAGUGCUUCGGUAGAUAGCAUAACAAGUGUACAACCUGUGAGGGAUGGUGAAUUUCUGGUCUCUAAGGGACAAGUGUUUGAGCUGGGGUUCUUCAGCCCCGGAAAAUCCACUUACCGCUAUGUUGGAAUUUGGUACAAGAAAGAUAUGAAGAAAACGGUUGUAUGGGUUGCAAACAGAGAUAAUCCUAUAAAUGAUACCUCCGGAGUCCUGACAAUUAGUGCUGAUCAUGGAAACCUCGUCCUCUAUGCCAAGAACCAAAGCAAUGUACAUCUCUGGUCCACCAACUCCAAUGUUUCAACACAUGCUGAUCCUAAAGCUCUGCUCUUAGACACUGGAAACCUUGUUUUGAUUGACAAGGAGAGCCAAAAGGUAACAUGGCAAAGUUUUGAUUAUCCCUCAAAUACAGAAGUUCCAUACAUGAAGAUAGGAGUGAACAAGCACACAGGGCACCGCUGGUUUCUAACUUCCUGGAAGUCGGAAGAUGACCCAGGAACCGGCAAUUUCACAUUUGCGAUGGACGAAAGUGGAGCUCCUCAAAUAAUCUUGUACAAAGGUGAUGUUCGAUGGUGGCGAACUGGCAAUUGGAAUGGCAUUAGGUGGUCGUGGAAUGACACCCCGGUAGUGCUGAGUGCUCCUUUCAUUUUCAAUGCCAGCUACGUGAACAAUCAGGAUGAGAUCAGUAGUACAUGGGGUCAUCUUAACUCCUCUAUCUCCUCAAUAAUGGUAAUAGAUGACUCCGGAUCAAUCCAACAGCUUACGUGGUUUGAAGAAAACCUUGGAUGGAAAGAAAUGUGGUCUGCGCCGAUGGACAAAUGUGACUAUUACGGCAAGUGUGGAGAAUUUGGUUACUGUGACGCUUCCAGUCUUAGCCUGUUUGAGUGCCAAUGCCUUCCUGGAUUUGAACCCAAGUCACCAGAUAAAUGGGACAUGAGAGAUGCAUCGGAUGGUUGUAUGAGGAAACGCAUGGCAUGCCAAAAUGGAGAAGGUUUUGUGAAGAAGGAAAAGGUGAAAGUUCCUGAUAUGUCACUAGCAACCAUGGAUAUGAACUUGAGUUGGAAAGAAUGUGAGCAGGAGUGCUUGAGGAACUGCUCUUGCUCUGCAUACGCAAUUCAUGGAACCAAAGAAAAUGUGAAGGGAUGCAUGAGAUGGUACGGGAAUUUAGUAGAUACGACCAAUUUUGCUGAAGGGGGUCAAGAUUUAUACGUACGUGUAGAUGCAAUUGAUUUAGCUGAAUUCACCAAGAAGUCCAGGGAUUUUCUUGCCAAAAAGGGGAUGCUCUUGAUUUUAGUAGUGUCCAUUGCUCUGAUACUCCUCUUUGUUUUCUUUGGAUGUUGGUAUUCAAAGAGGAAGAGAAAAUACCAUCAGAUGGAGGGAAAGCAUGAUAGCAGUACAACUCAUCAUGACCUGCCUUUUUUUGAGGUGAAAAGCUUAGUUGCUGCAACAGACAAUUUCUCUGAUGCUAACAAGCUCGGUGAAGGUGGAUUUGGGUCAGUGUAUAAGGGUCUACUAGCUACUGGACAAGAGGUCGCUGUGAAAAGAUUGUCAAAGAAUUCUGGUCAAGGUUUAGAACAAUUUAAGAAUGAAGUUAUGUUGAUUGCAAAACUUCAGCACCGGAACCUGGUGAGGCUUUCCGGUUACUGCAUCCAUGCAGAAGAGAAGAUGUUGAUCUAUGAAUACUUACCAAACAAAAGCUUGGACUUCUUCAUAUUUGAUCAAAGUAGUAGCUCCUUGUUGGACUGGAAAGAGCGUUUUGAGAUUAUUAUUGGAGUUGCUCGAGGGAUCUUAUAUCUUCAUCAAGACUCGAGACUGAAAAUUAUCCAUAGGGAUUUAAAAGCUAGCAAUGUCCUAUUGGAUUCUACAAUGAACCCAAAGAUCUCAGAUUUCGGACUGGCCAAAAUGUUUGGGGAAGACCAAAUUCAAGCAACAACAAACAGAGUGAUUGGAACUUAUGGCUAUAUGGCACCCGAAUAUGCAAUGGAAGGGCGAUAUUCAACAAAAUCUGAUGUUUUUAGCUAUGGUGUCUUACUGCUAGAGAUCAUUAGUGGCAAAAGAGCCACUGUUUACGAUACUCAAGGUCCCUCCCCAAGUUUAAUUGGACAGAUUUGGGAUAUGUGGACAGAGAAUACAGCAUUAAGUAUUGUUGAUCCAUCUCUGGGUCAGUCCUAUCCUGCUCAUGAGGUCUCAAGAUGCAUCCAGAUUGGGCUGUUGUGUGUGCAAGAAUCUGCAUCAGAUCGGCCAUCCAUGUCGGCAGUUGUCUCCACGUUGGGUAACGAAACACCUCUUCAUUCUCCUAAGAAACCUGCAUUCAUAUUACAGUCUAGCAAUCCAAACUCAGCAGCAUCAAGAGGAGCACCUGCUUCGCUAAAUGAUCUAACCAUAACUAUGCCUGAAGAAGAUGCAACUUACAAGUGUGACACUGUCAUAUAUAUCUCAGACGCAGACGACCUAACACGAAAGAAUAAGAAGGUCAACCUACCAAGACAGAGUAGGGUUAAGAACAAAACACCAGCCCCUAUUCAAAUCACCGCCGAGCAAAUCGUCCGGGAGGCCCGUGAGCAACAGGAGCCAGAAUUCCGACCUCCCAAACAGAAAAUCACAGACCCAACUGAGCUUGCAGAUGAUCGUCUCCGAGAACGUAAGCAAUUCGAGGAUCAAGUCCGGCGAGCAAGGCAGGAUAUCAGUGUGUGGAUCAGGUAUGCAACAUGGGAGGAAAAGGAGGACUUGAACCGUGCAAGCUCUGUUUGGGAGCGAGCCCUCAAAGUCGAUUAUAGGAACCACACGCUGUGGAUCAAGUAUGCGGAGAUGGAGAUGAAGAACAAGUACAUCGACCAUGCUAGGAAUGUGUUGGACCGUGCCGUCCGACUCUUGCCUAGAGCGGACCCGCUUUGGUACAAGUACAUUCAUAUGGAAGAGAUGACUGGGAAUGUAGCCGGUGCUCGACAGAUUUUUGAGAGGUGGAUGACUUGGAUGCCGGAGCAGGAAGGCUGGCACUCGUAUGUCAAGUUUGAGGUCCGGUAUAACGAAGUUGAGCGUGCUAGAGCGAUUUUCGAGAGGUUUGUACAGUGUCAUCCUGGAGUUGGAGCUUGGAUCCGGUAUGCCAAGUUUGAGGUGAAGAAUGGUGGUGAUGUUGUAAGGGCUAGGAAAGUGUAUGAGAGGGCAGUGGAGAUUCUAGCUGAUGAUGAGGAGGCCGAGCAGCUGUUUUUGGCUUUCGCUGAGUUCGAAGAGAAGUGCAAAGAUAUUGAUCGAGCAAGGUGUGUUUAUAAAUUUGCAUUGGAUCGAAUACCGAAAGGAAGAGCACAGGAUUUGUAUAAGAAGUUUGUGUGUUUUGAGAAGCGAUAUGGGGAUAGAGAAGGGAUUGAGGAUGCGGUUGUGGGAACAAGGAGGUUUGAGUAUGAGGAUGAGAUUAGGAAGAAUCCUCUAAACUACGACUCCUGGUUCGAUUACAUAAGGCUAGAAGAGAGUGCAGGUAAUAAGGAAAGAAUCCGAGAGGUUUACGAGAGAGCUGUUGCUAAUGUUCCUCCAGCUAAUGAGAAGCGGUAUUGGAAGCGAUAUAUUUAUCUGUGGAUUAACUAUGCACUAUAUGAGGAGCUUGAUACCGGAGAUGUGGAACGUGCACGAGAGGUCUAUAGAGAGUGCCUUAAUCUGAUUCCUCAUAAGAAAUUCUCAUUUGCGAAAAUAUGGAUUCUAGCUGCCGAGUUUGAGAUUCGACAGCUGAAUCUCACCAGCGCACGCCACAUUCUUGGUACUGCUAUAGGCAAGGCACCUAAAGAGAAGAUAUUUAAGAAGUACAUUGAGAUUGAGCUGCAACUUGCAAAGAUAGAUCGUUGUCGGAAGUUGUAUGAUAAGUAUCUGCUUUGGAAUGCGCAGAGUUGUUAUGCUUGGAUCAAGUAUGCAGAGUUUGAGAAAUCUUUAGGUGAAACAGAACGAGCAAGGGCACUUUUUGAACUCGCAAUCAGCCAACUAGAACUUGACAAUCCUGAAUUGGUGUGGAUCAGUUAUGCAAAAUUUGAGGCAGAAGCUCCUGCCAAGGAUGAUGGUGAUCUUCUUGAAGAGAAGAGACAAUGCAUCAAGCGUGCUAGAAGGGUUUUUGAGAGAGCUCUUGACUAUUUUAUAACUUCAGCACCUGAUAAGAAGGAAGAAAGAAGCAUGUUGCUAGAAGAAUGGUUGAAUAUGGAGGUUAGCUUUGGGGAUCUGGGUGGUGUAAGCUUAGUUCAACCUAAGCUGCCAAAGAAACUGAAGAAGAGGAGGCAAACAAUAACUGACGACGGUCCUGCUGGGUACGAGGAAUACAUCGAUUACCUGUUCCCAGAAGAAAGUGAGACGACAAAUCUCAAGAUUUUGGAAGCUGCCUACCGAGAAAUAAACAAAAAGGUAGAAGAAACACUCCUUUCACAACCUUGUUCUGCAACAAUGCACUCUGUAAAAGGUUUACUGAAUGCAUUACUUCAGCUUCUUCUUCUCCAGUUGUGCAAUUCUUCUACCACGAACAUCACUUUUGACCAAUCAAUCAGAGACAGUGGCUUGUUGCUCUCCCACGACGAGACCUUUGUGCUUGGAUUCUUCAGCCCUGGCACAUCCAGAAAACGCUAUGUUGGAAUUUGGUACAAUUUCUCAGAAGACAUGGUUGUGUGGGUAGCUAACAGAGACGAUCCUGUCAAUGUGUAGCUAACCUCAGGAAUUCUCACAAUUAGUACUGAUGGAAAUCUCGUUCUAUUGCAUAGUAAUAGGCAAGGCCUUCCGCUGUGGUCAUCAAAUGUUUCUGUCUCACCAAGUAACACUAAUACCAUGGCGCAACUCCUGGAUACAGGAAAUCUAGUUUUGGUUAAUCAAGACACCAGCCACAACAGUGUCUUAUGGCAGAGCUUUGAUCAUCCCACACAUGUUCUUCUUCCAAAUAUGAAAAUUGGGAUGGACCAUGGUAAGAACCUGUACCUCACAUCGUGGAACUCAAACAAUGACCCUGGAACGGGGAAUUGCUCAUUAACGACAGAACCAUAUGGAUCCCCUCAGAUAAUAUUGUACAACAAUCAUGCUAAGUGGUGGCGGUUAAGUGAACACGAUGCGGUUUUUGUGAGUGAGUCACCUAAGAUAAGCAGGCGAAGCAGCAAUGAUACAUUUGACAUAAUUCUUGUGAACAAUGAAGAUGAGAUUACGACGACAUGGGCUGUUCUUGACCAUUCGGUUUUCUCAAUAAUAGUGAUAUCUGGGUCUGAUACAUCCGCAUCAGUUAAACAGCUAGUAUGGCAGGGGAAGCAGCAGGGGUGGGUUGUCGUUUGGUCAGCACCAACGGAUGUCUGUGACAAGUAUGGUACAUGUGGCCCAUUUGGAGUUUGCAAUACACACACGGCUAACUGGGUGAAAUGUGCAUGCUUUCCUGGAUACGAACCCAACUUCCCACAGGAUUGGAAAUUAAGAGAAGGGUCAGGUGGGUGCAAGAGGCAACAGGGGGCUCCAUCCAUGUGUAGGAACGGUGAGGGAUAUCAGGAAUGGAAGAAGUGGAUGUAUGACCUGCCAAGUAUAUUUUCCCUGUUUUCCCACUCUUUAGCAAGAUAUGCAAAGAAGUCAAAGAGGUUCCUUGCCAAAAAGGGGAUGUUGUUGAUUUUGGUAUUGCCAACUAUUGCGAUGAUAUUCAUUAUAUUUUCUGCACAUUGGUGUUCAAGGAGGAAGACAAAAAGAUCUCUGAGGCAAAUGAAGCAUGAUGACAGUAAAAUUCCACUGACCUGGCAUGAUGGGAAAAUGAACCAAGACCUGGCAUUUUUUGACCUAAACAGCAUAGUUGUUGCCACAGACAACUUUUCCAUUGCUAACAAGCUCGGCGAAGGUGGUUUUGGCUCAGUCUAUAAGGGACUCCUAGCUAAUGGACAAGAGGUUGCUGUGAAAAGGUUAUCAAUGGAUUCUGGACAAGGUUUAGAACAAUUUAAAAAUGAGGUUAUGGUGAUAGCAAACCUUCAGCACAGGAACCUGGUGAGGCUUUAUGGUUGCUGCAUCAACUCAGAAGAGAAGAUGCUGAUCUAUGAGUACCUGCCAAAAAAAAGCUUGGACUUUUUUAUAUUUGAUAAAAGUAGAAGCUCAUUAAUGGAUUGGAAAGAGCGUUUCAAUAUUAUUAAUGGAAUUGCUCGAGGCGUCUUAUAUCUUCAUCAAGACUCAAGACUAAAGAUUAUCCAUAGGGAUAUAAACGCUAGCAAUGUCCUAUUGGAUUCUGCAAUGAACCCCAAGAUCUCAGAUUUUGGACUUGCUAAAAUGUUUGGGGAAGACCAAAUCCAAGCAAAUACAAACAGAGUGGUCGGAACAUAUGGAUACAUGUCACCAGAAUAUGCAAUGCAAGGGAGAUAUUCUACAAAAUCUGAUGUCUUUAGCUUCGGUGUCUUACUGCUAGAGAUCAUUAGUGGCAAGAGAAACACUGAUUACGAUCCUGAAAGUCCCACCCCAAAUUUGAUUGGAAGAGUUUGGGAUAUGUGGAGAGCAGAGCGAGCACUAGGGAUUGUCGAUCCAUCACUUGGUCAGUCAUAUCCUACUGAUGAAGUCUCAAGAUGCAUCCAAGAAUGCGCAACAGAUCGGCCUACCAUGUCAGAAGUUGUUUUCAUGUUGGGUAAUGAAACAACUCUUCCUUCUCCUAAGAAACCUGCAUUCAUAUUACAAUCCAGCAAUCCAAACCCAUCAUCACCAGGACGAGGACCUUAUUCCGUAAAUAAUGUAACUAUAACUAUGCUUCAAGCACGCUAAAGGCGCAGCUUGUGCAUUGUAUCCUUAAAAUUUUCUCACACGUCUGCAUUGUGGUGAUUACUGAGACCUCAAUUUGUCUUUUCUCACACCUUUAUUCAAGUAUCAAGAUUUCUUCUUUACACACGUUUCCGAAACAAAAAAUCUAACGGAAUCUUCUGCUUAGUAACCUAGUGUUAAUUACUUUACUGCAGUAUUAUUAUGGAAACC